AUGUAUAUAUCUUAUAAAUAUAUAAAUAUAAAUGAGUGUACAUGUGUAGCAGAUCUUAUGUAUAAUAAAUAUAUGUAUGUGUAUGUAAUAUAUAAUAUAUGGAUAUAUCACUUUUUUUUUUUUUUUUCUUUUUUUUCUUUUUUUUUAUUACCGGUGUUUAAUUGGCGUCCGUGUUAUUGUGUGCUUUUCUUUUUUUCUUUUUUUUCUUUUCUUUUUUUAUUGAAAUUUAUUUCUACUGUUAAAUUUGGAUGUCUACAGAUGGAGUUUUAUGUGAUUUCAUGUAAUUUAUUACUUUUUACACCCUUCCCCCCCCCUCUCUCUUUUCCAUUUCUCCUCCUUCUCAUUGUAAAAGACAAAAAUUUAUUUUUUUCUUCUUUUCUUUUCUUUUCUUUUUUCUUCAGUUGGUUUAUUUUCUCCUUUCACAGCCACAAGAGACAAAAAAAAAAACAACAAAAACAACAACAACAAAAAAGAAAAGGGGUGGGUGGGUGGGUGGGUGGGGGAAAAUUCCCAUUUAAAAGGUGGUGCUGGAAGUCCCUGUUGUUGUUGUUGUUGUUGAAAUUAACGGCACCACAUUUGAAGGGUACGAAGUCCUCGGGUUGCUUUCACACACGCAUAUAA